UCAAUUUUUUCAGGUUAUGUUCGCAAGCAUGUGUUUUGUUGCCGCUUGUAUUUUUGUUUAUAAAUUUAAAUGAAACAAUGUUAUCACGUAUUUAUGGUAUUUGUCAAAGAAAUGUGAAUUCAUGUGUUGUUUCCAGUAAAUUCUGUACAUAUUUUGAAGAACCAACGUAUAUUAAAUUUGAUAAAAAUGUUGAAAAUUCUGAAUUUGAUAAACCGAAGAAAAAAAUACCGAUAAUUACAUGUAAAAGGAGUAAAUAUAAUUAUUAUCAAGGACAGAAUUAUCCGAAAUUUGCACCAUUGCCAUUGGCUUCAGAUGGAUGGCAUAUAAGAAAAUCGAAAGGAGAUUAUUUUACAAUUAAUCCUAUUAAUGAAGAUAUUCAAGAAUCAAAUGAAAAUAGAGAAACAAUUACCUUUAAAGAUUUGGGUGUUUCUGAUAAAUUAGUUGAAAAUUUAAGAAAACAAUUUGAAAUUAAAACGCCAACAACAAUACAAAGAGAUGGAAUUCCAGUGAUAUUGGAACAACAAAAUGUGAAAUUAUUAGCAGAAACGGGAUGUGGAAAAACUUUUGCUUAUUUAUUACCAUUAAUUGAUCAAAUUUUUAAUUGGAAAGAAAAAAUUGAAAGAAAUUUUAAUCAUCCACUUGCAUUAAUUAUAACACCAAGUAGAGAAUUAUCAAUACAAAUUGGAAAAGUUGCAAUGCUAUUGACAAAAGAUUUAAAUAUAAGAACAAAAGUUGUUAUUGGCGGUGGUAUAAAAAGUAAAAUAUCAAAUCCACCUGCUAGUAAUGUUGAUAUUAUAAUAGGGACAAUUGGAGCUAUAAGUAAACAUACAACAAUAGGAAUUUAUAAAAUGAAAUAUGUACGACAUGUUGUAUUAGACGAAGCAGAUUCUCUUUUUGAUGAAACAUUUUAUGAAAAAGUUCGAUAUUUUUUGCAAAAAAUCACUUUUGGACCACUUAAAGAAUUUAGUGAGGGCUUUCCAAAAUAUUCCCAAUUGACAUUAGUAUCGGCGACAAUGCCUCAAUUUAUUGAUGAUUUUCUCGAAAAUAUUGUCGACCUCUCAUCUUUAGAGGAAAUAGCAACUGAUAAAGUGCAUCGUGUUAAUGUAUUACAAAAAUUUUUACGUCUUGGAGUUCAACAAAAACCAAUGACAUUAUUGAGAUUAAUAAAAAGUAAGGCAAAAAAUAAAAUUCCUGUUAUUGUUUUUUGUAAUAGUGGUAAAACAUGUGAUUGGGUCUGUCAAUUUCUCAAUGAAUUUGAAGUGAGAAGUAUACGUUUAAAUGGUGAUAUGCCACUUUAUAAGAGAAAAAAUAAAUUUAGAGAAUUUUAUAUUGGUGUUUAUAAUGUACUCUGUACAACUGAUGCUGGUGCAAGAGGUUUAGAUACUAUUAUGGUGAAAGAUGUUAUUAAUUUUGAUUUUCCACUUCAAACAUCCGAAUAUAUUCAUAGAUGUGGAAGAACGGCAAGAGUUGGUAGUCCAAAGGACUGUAGAGUUAUUAAUUUUGUUUCACGAACAUUGGAAAUUCAAUUGACGCAAAAAAUUGAAAGAGCCGUUAAAUUAAAUAAGCCUCUGCCUAUGUGUGAUUAUUUAAAAAAAAAUUGGACUCUAAGCAAAGAAGAUGAAAGGCAAUAUCGUUUAGAUGAAAAAAGGGAUAAACAAAAUAUUAAAGAAAAUUUUCAAUAUUUCCCUGACAAUUCGCCAAAGGAUUUAAUUGAAAAUACAUUUGAAAUUGAUGAUAAGGAGGAUUUUGUUAAAAAUGAAAGACACUAGAUACAUUGAAUUUUUGUAAAUAAAUUUUUCAGAGAUAAGUAAAUAUAAUUUACAUUUUUUAACACACACAA